ACCCCCCGCCGUGUGAAGGAAGCUGAGGCCGAUGGGGAGCAAAUUUGGUCCCAGCCUCGGCAACUUAGCGACUUAAUGGGGUCUCAGUGCAGAGGCCCUGGGUUUGAUCCCCAGUACCACUGAGUCGUAAAUGAGCCUCGAGCCGGGUCAGUGCUGGAGGCCAAGGGAGGGCCCAGAAGGCACCCCUGACCACUAGGAAAGCUCCGGGGAGUUCUGACCUCCCAGGUCCUCCUCCUGCCUCGGGCACCUCCCCCACUGCCUAAGGACACGCCCGCCCACGCAUGGGAGGGUGACAAUGGGGCCGUGUUGCAGGGACCCUAGACAUGCUUAGCAACGCAGGGACCUCUGGCGCCCCGGCCGCGUUCGGACUGCAGCACUGCAGCAUGGCGCGCUCGUGCGCACGUCUGCGGCUGGAAAAAGGCUUCGUGCUCGACUGCGUGGCGGUGGACACCGUGGCCCGCGCCUAUGGCUCCAUGCGGCCCAAGCUGUGGUCGGCGAUCCCGCCCUACAACGCGCAGCAGGACCCGCACGCAUGCGGCUACUUCUGUAGCCGUCCGGUGCCCGCCGUGCUGCGCAGGACCAACCAGGACCAUGGUGGUACAGGACAGGAUGGCUGGAUAGUGGAUUAUUUCCACAUUUUCGGGCAAGGACAGCGAUAUCUCAACAGAAGAAACUGGGCAGGGGCAGGGCAUUCCCUCCAGCAGGUGACCGGCCAUGACUACUACAACGCCUUUCCAAAGCUGAGCCCCGGCUUCAGUGGCCGGUUUGGCUACCGCAGAAACACCCCAGCCCUCCGCCAGCGGUCCUCAGUGUUCGGAGAAGUCACCCCAUUUCCUCUCUACUGACAACACUGCUGCCCUUCACAGCCCUUGAGUGGAAUUUCUUGGACAGAAGCUUAGAGGAACUCUCAGUAUUAUUUUCUAUUAAAGAAGUUCUAUUUGUGUCA